GAUUCCCUCCCGACGCAGCGGCGGAAUGCGCUGACCAUCAAGUACGAAGGAUGCUCGCUGGAGGAGUACUCGAUGUACAACGACUCGCUGCACGUGCCCGCCAACGCCAAGUCGAAAGGCAUGCACGACACCAGGUCCAACGUGCACCGUGGUCUGACCCUGGCGCCCACCGACUCUUGGGAGAUCGAGUUGUGUAUGGGCAUCGUGCUCAACCUCGUCAUACUGCCGCUCUUUUCUGAAGUGAAGAAGCUUGGGCGCUCGCUGAUAGUCUUCAAGGUGCACAAAAGCCCGGCCGUGUGCGAGAUCUUCUUCAUGCCUAGAGACACGGUCCACGCCACGUACCACGAGCGCAUGCCGAAGACGUUGGAGUGGGUGGACCUGUACUGUUGCGACGUGGAGGUGGCCUUCUGGGCCGAGCUGUACCAGCCCAACCCGAGCGGGCGCAAGAGCAAGAGCUCCUACCUGACGGACGAGCUUUGCGGCGGCUUCGGCUCGCGCUGCUCGCUGGCCUCGAAACUGGAGGACACGCACUUCCAGCGCAUGGAGACCCAACUCAACGCCACCCAGGAGGAGAGCGAGGAGCUCGCGAGGAAGGCGGCGAUGAGGCGCCAGAAGAAGCACGCGCAGAAGGAGCGGCAAAAGGCCAAGAGGGCGGAGGAGAAGGGGGAGCAGAAGGCUGCCGAGGCGGCCCUGAAGGCGGCCGAGGAGGAGCGCCAGGCGAAGGAGCUGCGGGCGGCCAGGAUUGCGGCGCCGGCGCUCCACGGCGUGGACUGGGGCCAGACGCUGUCGGCGCCAGGCAGCCGAGGAGGAGCGAAUAGGAUCGCAGCGCCAGCCCUUCACGGGGUCGACUGGGGCGCGAUGCGGGGUAAGGACUGCGCGGCGGUCCCCUCGCCCGACGUCUCUGACUCCGAGUCCGAUUGA